AUGUCAGAUUCUUCGGAACUAAAGGCAAAACUGCUACUAGACAACUCUCGCAACCCGCGCUAUCUUUCUAAUGGCCUUCUUACUGUUUCUGGCAUAGAUGAAAGACAAGUAUUUAGAGAAACUACAGAAGCGAUGGAUAUUAUGGGCAUUUCAAACGAUGAUCAGGACGCUAUUUUCCGAAUUAUUGCCGCCGUUCUACAUCUAGGGGAUCUUGAUUUUAAACAUGAGCGUAAUUCUGACCAGGCAACACUUCCGGAUCAAUCAACUGCACAAAAGGUGUCACAUCUGCUCGGCUUGGCCCUUAACGAUAUGACGAAGGCUUUUCUAAAGCCUAGACUUAAAGUUGGAAGAGAAAUCGUGGUGAAAGCGCAAACGAAAGAACAAGUCGAAUUUGCCGUUGAGGCAAUUUCAAAAGCAAUUUACGAGAAGCUCUUUCGUUGGCUGGUUGCAAGGAUUAAUAAAUCGCUUGAUCGAGCAAAGCGAGCUGGUGCUUCCUUCGUUGGCAUCCUCGACAUUGCUGGAUUUGAGAUAUUCGAGGUAGCUUUGUGUUACUUCUGA